ACAACUAUGGCACGUACCAAGCAAACGGCUCGCAAGUCCACUGGUGGCAAGGCGUCCCGCAAGCAGCUUGCUACAAAGGCAGCUCGCAAGUCUGCUCCAGCCACUGGAGGUGUCAAGAAACCCCACCGUUACAGGCCUGGAACCGUUGCUCUCCGUGAGAUCCGCCGUUAUCAGAAGAGCACUGAGCUGCUUAUCAGGAAACUGCCUUUCCAGCGCCUGGUGCGUGAAAUUGCUCAGGAUUUCAAGACUGACCUCCGCUUCCAGUCCUCUGCUGUCAUGGCUCUCCAGGAAGCUUCCGAGGCUUACCUCGUGGGUCUGUUUGAGGAUACCAACCUGUGCGCCAUCCAUGCCAAGCGCGUGACUAUCAUGCCAAAGGACAUCCAACUGGCUCGUCGCAUCCGUGGCGAGCGUGCCUAAGAAGUCAUCCACGAAUGAUCUUCAUAACAGCAAUAUCUAGGCCCUUUUUAGGGCCAAACAUCUCUUUCAUUAAAGAAUUUUCAUAGACAAUCUGUUUGGUUUUGUGGAAGAAAAUAUUUAUUUUCCA